GUGACGCCGACAUCGAUUCCAAACGGCUUUGCCAGAGCAGCACAUUGUGCAUCCAUUGCCGCUGCUCUGCUUGCAUAUGCUGGUUUGGCGGUCGCGCAACCUCACGAGAUCCAAGUUCUUGUUCGCUCUUCCUCGACGUUGCUUCACAGACGACGCAUCUUUAUCCGUGCCAUCGACACCUCCUUGUCGCCCGCCGCUUCGACUCACGUCCCUCACAACCAUGGACGUAACACGCCACAACUUUGCCGAAGCUUUGGUGGACCUUGAAAAGCAGCUUGCUUUGCCAUCGUGUCGAUUUGUCGCGAUCGAUACAGAAUUCACGGGCCUGGCACCGUCCGAAUUCACCCGCGAGAAGAUCAUCGACACGCUAGAAGAACGAUACGCCAAAGUGCGUGCGUCUGGCGAGAACUUCCUCAUCACACAAUUCGGUGUCGCCCUUGUGCAUGUCGCCGACGGCUCCGCGGAAAUGGAUGAAGCGUCCAACACGUGGAUCUCGUGCUGGAACUUUUUCGUCUUUCCGCGUCCGUACCAGAACUUCGACGCCCGGUUCCUCUGCCAAGCGUCGUCGAUGCAGUUCAUGGCCGAACAUGGUUUUGACUUUAACAAGUUCAUUCGCGAUGGCAUUCCGUACUUGUCUCGCAAGUCUGAGAUGGCCGUGCGCCGUAUCCACGAGAAGUCGAUCGCCAAUCUCGGCAAGUCGCCGCCAGAAAAAAUUAACGUUAGCCGCCACUUCGACAAGCUCUUCAUGACAGAGUCGGUUGAGCGCAUUGACACGUGGCUGGCAAACUCGGACGCGGCGAUGCCAGAACUCUUUAUUUCUGCGCGCAACUCGUUCCGCCGACUCCUUGUCCUGCAUGCUGCGCGGUUCCUUGCCACCCAUCCCGACGCCAAGUCGUUGUACUUGGAAACGAACGAAAACGGCGUGCGCCUCAUUCGCACGACGUCGUCGUCCGAACACGACUCGCUCAAGAAGCGAAAAAUCGACGAGUUGAACAAUGAAGUAGAAGCUGCGAUCGGGUUUUCCAAAGUGAUCCAGCUGCUUGGCAAGUCCGGCAAGCCCGUCGUGGGCCACAACUGCCUCUUGGACUUUGUGUACCUCUUCCACCAGUUUGUCGGCCCGUUGCCGCCCACGCUUGUCCAGUUCAAGCUGCAGCUCGGCAAGGCGUUCCCGGUAAUUUUUGACACCAAGCACCAGGCAAUGAUGUCUCCAGCCCGCGACGAAUUCGAGUCGACGUCGCUGUCGGCCAUGUUCGAAUACAUGCGCGACCACCUGACAAUUGACGUGUCGACGCUCAUAAACGCGGACGAGUCGUCGUCGUACCAUCGAGCAUUGAAGAAGCCCGUCGAUGGCGAAGCACCCAUGCCGUGUCAUGAAGCUGGCUUUGACGCUCUCAUGACCGCCAUCGUCCAGCUCGGCUUCACGUCGCUGUCGGCUAACGGGUGGUCAAAGGAGCUGCCGCUGGACCUGCGCACCGACUUUCGCCAUCUCACGUUAUACGAGAACCGCAUCAACUUGAUGGCCGUGGACCGGCCGUCCUACUUGGACAUUGGCGACGUGGAGCAGGAGCUCGAUCGCCGCCACGUGUACGUGCUGUCUGGGGAUGCGACCGCCCUGAAGGAGUCCCGCCCAGACGACCUCUUCGCGCAGUCGCGAGUCAACCGCGUUAUUCGCGAAGACAAGGAAACCUACGUGUUUUUAUCCGAGCCGUUGGAAGGCGACUUGCCAAAACCAGCGGACGACAAGCUCGUGAUCUCGCCCUUUGCAGAAUACUUGAAGAAACACGGAUCGAAAGCACUGGACGACAGUGAGACAGCGAGCAGCGCAGGCGACGAUGCUCCGCCCUCGCGAUGGUGUACCAUUCAGUAAAGCAGAUAGAAACUCUCUUUCGAUCGAUCGCGGAAGCGUAGAUGUGGGCAUAAACUAUUCGAUUGUGUCGAGGGACCUCGGACUGCUAGCACGUCAUUCC